AUGGCUUUUCCGCGCAACUCAAUCCGCAAUUUUCUCGUCCAUGCCAAAAGCGCCCUGCGAACCGCAAUAUCGGAGAACCAGAAAGUCACAUUUGUAGUCGGCAACGAGUCUGCUGACCUCGACUCUCUGGUUUGCGGUAUCGUGUACGCAUAUAUUCGCAGCCAAAAACCUCCCGCGAACGCUUUUACGCCGCUCUACAUCCCCCUCUCCAACAUCCCUGCUGCAGAUGUUCAAUUACGGCCUGAAUUGCUUGCUCUUUUACCCCAUGCGAACCUUCAGCCAUCGCACCUCGUAACGCUCGAUGAUCUUCCGCCAUUGGACCGAAUUGGCGAGGAAUUGAGGCGAGAAAAUACCAAGUGGAUACUGGUCGACCACAACGCAUUGCAGGGCACUUUAGGCAAGGUCUAUGGCGAGCGAGUGAGCGGUGUUAUCGACCAUCACGAUGAGGAAAACAAGGUCCCGAAAGAAACAGGCGACGAACCACGUAUCAUCACAAAGACAGGCAGCUGUGCUAGCUUGGUGACCGACUAUUGUCGCCCUUCUUGGGAUACCAUCUCCUCCGGCGCUCUUAGCUCCGGUGCUGCUCACGGGCAAGCCGACGAUCAAGGCAUUGCCAACGAUGCCUCUCAGGUCAAACUCUGGGACGCGCAAGCUGCCAAGUUGGCGCUCGCCCCUUUGCUGAUCGAUACGAACAACCUCACUGCCAAGAAGAAGACAACAGAUCACGACCUUGAAGCAGCUGCCUAUCUUGGGGCAAAGAUUAUGCUGUGUCCGAAGACGAGUAUUGACUUCGACAAGGAUAAGUUCUUCGCCGAGAUUGACGGCGCAAAAAGGGACAUCGGAAGGCUGACGCUUUCUGAAAUCUUGCGGAAAGACUACAAGCAAUGGGAGGAAAACGGUUUCAAGCUUGGCAUCAGCUCCGUGGUCAAGUCGCUUGAAUUCCUGCAGGACAAGGCCAAACAAGAGGAGAGCGGAGACCAGCCGUUCUUCGAGGCUGUGGAACGGUUUGCUAAAGAAAGAAGCCUUGACAUGUACGCAACCAUGACGGCGUAUCCGAGCCCAGAAGGGGAGUUCAGAAGACAGUUGUUCCUUUGGGCUCUCUCCGAUAGGGCCAUGGGCCCCGCAGAAAGGUUUGUUGCAUCUGCAUCCAAAGACUUGGACCUCGAAGAGUUGGAGGAGCAGAUGCACGUUACGGAAUCCGGUAACGGCUGGAAGAAGGUCUGGCGGCAAAAGAAUGUCGGAGCGAGUCGGAAACAGGUUGGCCCAUUGCUUAGGCAAAACAUGAGAUGA